CAGAUUCUCCCAUUUAUUAAAAAUAUUGGAGCCACAGGCAUACUUUUAGAAUGGGAAGAUACCUUUCCAUACACAAAAGAUGUUAUUCAUAUCGGCAGUCUGUCUGAUCAUGCUCAGACAAGUGGAGCCCCUUAUUCUAUGGAAGAGGCUAAGCAAAUCCUGACUAUAGCUGCUGCCUGUGACUUGAUAGUAAUUCCACUGUUGCAAACAUUUGGUCACUUGGAGUUCGUCUUAAAGCAUGAAAAUUGGCGUAGUUUGAGGGAAGUUGAGGAAUUUCCUAGCUCCAUAUGCCCGAGCAAAAGCGGAACAAUUCAGCUGAUCACAAGUCUACUUGAACAAAUGAUUGAAUUUCAUCCGAGUAUUCAGUAUAUUCACUUGGGAGGUGACGAGGUUUGGCAUAUGGGGAUGUGUUCUAUCUGUGAAAAACGAAUCCAAACAUCCCAGUUUGGUAAGUCUAGGCUAUAUCUUGACCACAUGUCGAAAAUUGGCCAUUAUGUCAAGGAAAACUACCCAGGUCUCAAGAUUAUUGUUUGGGAUGACAUGUUCAGAAAUAUUGAAGUCGAAAUAUUACAAGAAAUACAAUGCAACAAUAAUAUAUUAAUGAUUUGGAAUUAUUUACCGUCUGACAGUUUUCAUCUAAACGACGGUUUGUGGCAGAAGUACAACAGCGUGUUUUCAAAUUUAUGGAUUGCUAGUGCAUUCAAAGGAGCUACUAGUAGUUGUCAACUGAUACCAGUUGUCAAAUAUCAUUUGAGCAAUCAUCUGGCUUGGCUGACAGAAUUGGAAAAUAAUUCCAAAAAAAUUGGAAAUUUGAGAGGAAUCGCCUUAACAGGAUGGUCAAGAUUCGAUCAUUUCGCAACUUUCUGUGAAUUACUACCUUGCGGAAUACCAUCCUUAUGUUUCUGCAUGGCGACCUGGAUUUCUGGAGGAUACUCACAGGAUUUGGAAGAAUCAGUUCGAAAACUGUUAGGUUCCGAUUGUGGCACUAUUAGUUACCUUGAAAGUUCAACAGUAUGUUUACCUAAAACAAAUCCUCAACCGACAUUUCCCGGAUGGCAAAUUUUUGUUGGAAUUGAAAUGCUAAUGAAUUUACGAACUAGAUACAAAAACCUAAUCAACAGUGACCAGUUACAAACGUGGUUCAAUACCUGGCAAGUUUUGAACAGUUUUACCAAUCCAAUGCAGAUCAACUCUCUUCUACUGGUUGUAAUAGA